AUGGACUGUGAAGCGGUGCUAAACGGUAUUAGAGAUGCCGAUCGAGACUGGACGGAAUUUGGACUGGUAUGUAGGAGUAUCAAGCGCAUUCUUGGAGAGAUAGGAGGUGGAGAGAUUAAGCAUGUUUACCGGACUGCAAAUGCAGCGGCACAUAUUAUGGCACAUGUGAAAACUAGAUGGGAUGAGGUUGAGGUUUGGAUUGAUCGACCCCCUAUGGUUCUUCUCGACCAGCUUGAGCUGGACAAUGUAAUGGCUUCCCAUGAUUAA